CGUUCCGCAUUUUACACAACUGGUUGUAAACACUAAAAGUACCUGACAAGAGAGACAUUGGCUGUUGCUGUUGUGACCAGGUGUGGCGAAGAUGCAAACAUUGUCUCAUCGCUGCUGUCUUUGUCUCUCUUUAGAUCACUCCGGAAGAUGCAAAGGGAACAUAGUACUGCCCUCAGGGCCAGCAUCAAGGCUUCCACAACAUUCCCGAAAAGUGGCACAGAGUUAGGAGACAUAUUUCUUUGUGGUACAGCCAAGGCCUGCCCGGUGAAAGACUGCUUCAAACGUAGCACUCAUUUUCAUUGCUCCCUUUGUCCUGAUAGAAAACUUGUCAAAGAGCAAAAUAUGGUAGCACAUCAGAUAUUUCAUGUAACUGGAAGGAUUGAAAAGAGAUCUGUCAGAGAUACGCACUUCAGUGCUUACAGUGGAGUUUGUGGAAGGCCACUUUGUCGAUUUUCAUUAAACAACAAAAAGCAUCAUCAUUGCAAAAUUUGUGAAUGGCCUUGUUGUGGGAGAAAAUUACAAAGAUGUGUUGGUCAUAUGAGAUCAAAGCAUCCAGAAGUACCAAUAGAUACAAUUGGAGAUGCAAAUGCUAAUGGAAAUGGGGACAUUUUCGAUGAGAGUGCAGGGCCAUCAGAGCUCGAUGCGAAAGAGAAAGAACCUAGUGUGAAAAUUGAGUCAAAAGAUGACGACUAUGAUGGCACUAUAAAUGAAGAUGCAGAGUAUGCGAAAAAUAACGAAACAGAUAUGAUGGAAUUGAAAUCUAUGGCCUGGCACCAUCCAGCACCUAAGAGAGCUAGAUAUAGUAACUCUUCCAGAAUGAAAUCGUAUGAGAUGAACGGUGAUGAAGACGUUAUAAAUCGUGAAGAUAAUCAACACGAACCAGACCAAAACGAAGAGAAUUCAGAAACCGGUGUACUUGAAGAGCCAGUUGAAGAGGAAAAUAGUCCGCCAGUAGUCCCAAAGGCUGCGUCUUGCCGUAUUAAUGGUUGCAGAGAGGAAAAGAUACAUUUUCAUUGCCAUCUCUGUGAUUUCUAUUCAUUCAAGAAACUAUUGUUGGAUCGUCAUCGCAAUAUUCACGCAAGAGGAUUUAUCGAGAAACGCAAGAAAAGAGAUAUGUAUUUCAACGGAUCUGAUGCUUCCUGUGGGGUCCCUUCAUGUCGAUUCAGUGUUGUCAAUCAACGUCACCAUCAUUGCAAGCUAUGUGGUUGGGCUUGCUCUUCGAGAAAACUUCAAAGGUGCAUAAAACACAUCCAAGAUAAGCACGGAGUUACGAUUGAUAAUGGGCCUAUAGAAGAUGUUAGCUUGGAUAGCCCACGUGUCAUUGCAGAUCCCGAUUUGAUGUCAAACCCUUCGGCACAUGAACCGUAUCAAGACAGAGAGGAAAGCAACCAAGGAAGCCAGUUCAAUGGAGAAAGCAACGACUCCCACGAGUCAGAUACGAUUAAGUCAGAUUUGACUGUCGAUGAAGUUCAUUCAGACUCCUUGGAGUCGUCUAAUGAAAUACCGCCCGAAGACGAGUUGUUCUUUUUGUCGAAAGCUGAAUGUGGAUGCAUUGUUGAGGAAUGUGUGUUGGUUGGACCACAUUAUCACUGCCAUCGUUGUCCGUACGUGACAAGACAGAAACACUGCCGUGCUCGCCACAGAGCUAUACAUUUAAAAGGUUUCCCAGAGAGACGAAUGAUCCGCGAUCAGCAUUUCAUAGUUUACGACGGUAUCUGCGGGAGAAAUUGCCGAUUGUCUCUGCCGAAAAGGAAGCAUUUCCAUUGCAAGUAUUGUGAUUGGGCCUGCUGCGCGAGAAAACUGCCAAGAAUUCUUAACCAUUUGAACAGGAAUCACAGCGAAGUGCUGAAGGAUUCCAAUACCCAAAUCACUUCCGCUGGCUUCAAAAGACCGCGAAACUACCCACCACGACAAAAUAUAAAGAAAGACGCCGAUCGUUUGGAUGAUGGUGGAGAUGAAGAGAACAAAGUUAUAAUUCUUGAAGAGGAAGGCAGUCAGUGCAGUUUUGUUAUAAAGGACGUCCACAGCCUUCGAGACAACAGCUCUUUCGGAGACGAGCAAAACGUAAGCAAAGGAGAAAGCAAAUUGUCAGUUGCACCAAGCAAUCACAUCAGCUCAUCUCAAUUCGAGAAAUCCAAAGAUUCUCCGAGAGAAGAGAAGGGUUUCAAACCGUACAAGCCGCAAGGAUUCUCGUACCAGCCGUCAUACAUAAACGGGCACGGGCCCCAGUUGCAUCCAAUUGACCGCCCACUGACCUGCCGCAUUUGCCACGCGUACCCGAGCGAGAGUCUUUCCCUGCGCAAAAUGGUCGUUUACAGUUCAAGCAAUCGCUUGGAACUAGAUCUACGCUUGACAUCGCUUUUGUGUACGUAUUUCCGCGUGUCAAUUGAAGAAGCGUUCAACAGCUAUAUAUGCGAGAGAGAUUUCGAAGAAUGGUGUAACUUCCACGCACGAAAGAUAUCAGUGUAUCCUGUGAUUGCUAUAGAAAGCAGCUACGAUAAUGUACACCAUCCACAUGUCAUACCAGUCGAAGAGCACUAUACUCAGUAUUAGACAUACACACACCACCUCGAGAUAUGGUAAGAAUUAAAUAAAUUAUUUAUUGGAAAUUUACUUAAGAUUUCUGCUUAUUUAUUGCAUAGCGUAAAGUCAUUAUUGAAAGAAAGUCCAAACUAAUUCUAUAGUUUUACGCACUUAAAUAUAUAAAGUAUAGUUUUCAUAGUGAAUAUAAAUGUUCAUGUUUCCUGUGAACCAAUGUUAACUAUAAUAAUGGCAUAUCGACUAAAAGAUUCUUAUUAAUUUUGCUUCCAUAUUUCACUCACGAGUCUUGACGCCACUGUAAUCUUGAGAGAAUCAGAUUAUUUAUAAAAAAUAAUAUAAUCAAUCAUUCAUCGAUGAGCAAUAAUUAUGGAUUCACGUGCUUGUUUAAUAGGCAAUUCGUCUCUACUCUUCGUCUCAGGAGUCCCCACUCUCGCAUGAAAUUUAUUUGUCAGGAAGUAGUCAUACCACGUUAUUCAAAUGCAAUUCUUAGUACUGAUAUACGCCCGAGGAACAGUCGAAGCCUCUUUUAGCCAUUUUAUUUUAACCUCGUAGUGAUGAAAUUCUACUUGGUAGUUGGGCUCAUUUCACGUCUGGCUUGUUUUCCCUGACGCCAUGCUAUUUAUUUAAUUCCAAUUAUUUAUAUUUUUACCAUAAAAACUCUGUGAGCUUAAGAAUCUAUCUUGCUUUCUAAAAAUCAAAUUAAUACAACAACGUUGGCACUGCAGUUACCUGCAUGCUGGAAUUAGUGAAGGAUUAAGGAAAGUAUAGAGACGUUAGUUUUCUAUGCUUAUGAAUUUCCGUUUUAAAGUACUCUUGCAUCACCAUAGGGUGAUGGGACGAAUAAUUGUUCCUAGUUUAUCCCUAUCAUCGUUACAUCCUCUUUUAAGUUAUUUGUGCCAUUUAAAAGCGUUUUACCUAGUUUUCAGCCAAUUAUAUAUCAGUAUUCAUUCAUAAUUACAUUUUAACUUGUGAAUAGUUUUACGCAGUGUUGCACCACAUUGAGACUUAAUUCUAAGUAAUAUUAUUAUUUAUCGUUAGCACUGAUAUUUAAAUAAAUAUUGCAUAUAACUAUUUAAUUGUUUAACUGUUGUCAAGAUUGAAAUUGUGUUUUAAAGUUACGUUUGCUCAAAAAAAAUUUACUCAAUAUUAGGAUACUUGAACUGUGUGUAGAAAAUUUGAACAGUACCCACGGACGAUAUUUGGACAGUAUCUAGGCUUACAUCCAACUAGAAAAGUCCCGUAGUCCUGUAAGAAGGACAGUAAACACUCCUUUCUUUCUCCGUGCCACUCUUUAAUUGGAAUGUUUAUGAAAAAAGUUGCUUUGUAGCAAAAUUACACACUAUUUUGAAAUAUUUCUAUCCAGCUGAACCAAAAUACAACUGUAUGACGUAGAAAAAUUUUUAAAAGUUUUUUAUGACCAUUAAGGCAUUUAAGUGACGUGGAAAAUACGCUGGCUGAGAAUCGAUUAUGCCGUUUGUCUGUAUGGUUACUUUUUAGAGCCUAAAAGACAAUUUCCCGUUAUGCGUUACAUCAUUAUUUUCACUUGACAUUUCUUGUAGACCUCUUGUAACCAAGAGAUUUAUUUAUGAGGAAGUAUUUGUUUAUAUUUAUUUAAAGAUAUUUCGAUUCAAGCGUUUGUUCCUAAUUUAUUUCAAGUGUUAGAUUUGUAGAUGUUAUCUCUCGUCCUCGUCGUUUCUUAAAUUUUAUUGCUUUAGAUGCUAUUUUCCGGUAUGAUAUACUUCUAUUAAAUUUAACUUGAAAGUAAGAUAAAUUUUUCAUAAAAUGAUAGGUUUUGAAAAAAAUGGGCCUCAAUUUUAUAUUAUUGGUCAAUGCAAUAAUUUACUGGAAUGUUCCUGCCAAGCCUUUCUUUUGCUUGAUCUUUACCUAUUCAAAAAGGGACCCGAUGUAGAAAUCAUAUCCCAAUGAGCGAAAUAUUUUUCGUUAUAGAUCUCAAAAACAAAUUUGUUUCUUUUACUUGACGUUGUAAUGAGUAUCUCUGACUUGAUGUUUCAACAAGAUUCAUAGGACUAAAACUCGCAAGGUUUAAUGCUAAAGUAACGUAUCUAUUUAUGAAAUUUAAGGAAAAGUUAUCCUUUAAUUGCUAUUUAUCCUUGAAAUGCUAUAUCUUUUGUUGCAAUUUCAAGCGUUAUUUAUCUGUGGAUAGAAAGAUGGCAAUUGAGUAUUUUGUCACGCAGCAAAAUGUAAAAUCUUUCUACGAAUCAUUAAUUAUUUUAGCAAGUAUUUAUGUGACAUAUUUAGUCAGUAAUGAAUUAUGGAUAUUUCCUCACUUGUCGGAUGUCGAUAAACUUUUCAGAUGCGUUGAUUAAAGUGAGUUUAUUCUGUCAAAUUUUUACUUUCUGAUGUCUACUCUGCAUCCCAUAUUAAUUCACACUGCUGUUGUUGUAUUUAUAUAAAAAAACCAUAUGAGAACACCUAGGCUGAAUUUUCUAUAAAGAUACAGUAGAAUCCCGUUAUAACGUACUCGGUUAUUACGUACUUUCGGAUAUAACGUACUGGUGUGCUUGGUCCCGGCAAAAAAUGUGCUUGGUUUUAGUCAAUUUUUACUUACCCUCGUUACAACGUACUUCGGAUAUAACGUACCUAAUACACUGGUCCCUUAAAAUACGUUAUAACCGGAUUAUACUGUAAUUGCAAAGCAAGAACAUGCCUAUCUCAGACAUAAAAUUGGAAGAAAAACAAAGUUUUUAAAACUUAACACACUCAUGUUAGCAGACCAGAGCAGUAUUAUCAUCCAAUUAACCGUCCUGUUUGAAGUAUUAUGAAAAAUUACUAGUAAAUGUCCUAAGAUAAAGAAUCUAAGCUCUAACCUCAAAUUAUCCAAAAACAAAAUAAUCGAGCCGCAGCAAAAGCCAUCUCUAUGGUGAAAAAAAUGUGUUCUUGGAACGCAGCCUCGGUAUCCAGACAACGAGGUGAUUACGAGGUUUCAGUCCCAUGCUUUUACUUCUAAAAUCAAAAUGGCCUCGAGAACAUUUUCAUCUGCGUUUGCAAGCGGUGCAAGGUUCUGUCGCACAAAGCCAGGAAUAUCAGCUACAUCUUCAAAGUGGUCAAGAUGUAUGCAACAAAUGUUAAGGAAUCAGUCAACAAAGCGUUGGAGUAGUUCAAAUAAAAUGUUGGCUGCCUUGAGUAUAGAAAGAAGCAGCUGUUUCCUGGCUAAAAUCAACUUUGAACCAGCCAUAGCCAUAAGUAAUGCAUUCAGAUCACCCCCACUAGUGAUUGCUGCUGGUGGUGCUGAGAUUGAUAGUCUUGAAGCUUCAACCGAACUUGAUGAGACUGAUACAUUUUGUAAUGAUGAAGAAGCAUUGUCUGGAACCAUCAUGAGCAUAUUCAAUGUAACGAGAUAUGCUCUUGAAUCAUGGUCGAGGGUGGAAAAAGUUCAUCUAUAGAUUAACCUUAAUUAGAACAGCUCUGUAAGAAAUGUGAACUGAAAAGACUAUGUAUACAGUAUGGUGUGAAGUUUAAUUGAGAUGUUUAGCUUGCUUUGUGUUUUCUUUUAUUAGAAAAAAUCUA